CAGCUCCGAGUGGGGUGUUUGAAAUUUCCCAGGAGCCUUGAAUGCAGCAUCACGACAUCGUCAGACCGGAAGCGGAUGUGCGACUUGUGUUUUGUACGGUAAAGCAACUGUUGGUGACCCUACUCGGCGGCAUGUCGAACACAUUAGCGUCACUUUGCGGACUCUUGUUUACCCAUUGAAAUAUAACCUGCGAUAUGAAUCCAAACCCGUUUGGAAGUGCACCAGGUGGAGGUGUGCAAGGGACGAGCGCCACGUCGUUCGAACAGAAAACCCCCAGCAGUGUGUCUCAAAAUGUGGGUGUUUUUCAGCCAUCAGCGUUUGGCAUACCGUCCGCCACGAACCAACCCUCAAACCACGGGAGUAGCAUUUUUGGACAGAGCUCUGCCUUUGGGCAACAAUCAACUAAAGCAACAUCACUUCCCAGUAGUACCCCGGCAUUUAGUCAGCCUACAGUGGGUGUUAGCAACUUCGGUAGCACCUUUGGAGCAGUUACUGGAGCAAACCCCAGUUUUGGACAAACACCUGCAUUGGGACAGCCCUCUGUCUUUGGUCAGGGCCCAGGUUUUGGACAGAAUGUCACAGGGUCAGGACUGUUCUCUGGUCCCGCAAGUUCCUCAGUGCAACAUCAGCCUUUGAGUUUUGGACAAUCUCUAUUUGGCCGGCCAUCAACGACCAGUGUGGCCAGCAGUGUUUUUGGUGCUACUUCCACCCAGAGUAGCGGAUUUGUACCUGAAUUCAGUUUUAAGCCAGCCAAUGAAGUGCUUUUCAAACCCAUCUUUAGUGGUAGCUCGGAGCCCACGAACCCUCAAACCUCUUUAAUGUCCAGCUCACCUUUUGGCAGCGCCACGAAGAAAACAAGUUUCACCGCUAGUAGCGGCGCCAUCACUGACUUAUUGGGGGCAAAGUCUGGAUCGCAUGGAUUCAGUUUCUCUGAGCCUGCUGUAGCUCCAUCACUUCCAGUCCAAAACAACCCGUUAACAACAGCCAAGAACACUGGCCCAUCCAGCACGCUGCAGUUCACAUUUUCCCAGCCUGCUGUCCCCUCUAGUUCCAAUACCAAUGCACCCAUCACCCAACCCAAAACUGUGCCAACUUUUAGCUUUUCAUCCAAAGCCCUUCAACCUCAGACGGCGCAACUUUCUGCAGGAACUAGUAUUGUUCAGCCGUCAUCUUUUGGUGAGAUUAAAUCUAAAGCGGAGUCUACUUUUGACUAUAAGGUGGCCCAGGAGGGUGAGCCAAAUGUAUUUGCACCACUUAGAAAAGGUACGAAACGUAGAGAUGAGCCUACAAAGGAGCUGUCAAGCAAUGUGACAGAAGUUGUUGCGGAGGAUGAAGAAACAGCAGUAACAUCUUCACCAAGACAACCCCCAAAGAGACCUAAUAUAAGGUCUCGUGCCCCAGCAAUUAAUUUAUUCACCAGAGCACUAAGUGGACUUCGAAAAGACAAGUCCAGUCCAGUUCGACAGGGGCCGAAUGAGACUCUGCAACAAAAGUCACAGGAGAUGAUGAGUGAUCAGCCCCAAGUACUUGAAGAACCCCUGACUGCUACCACAUUUGGGGUACAAACCAUGAGCUCGGUGGUGCCAGAAAAGACUGAAGAGUCAGAGUCACCAAAAACCCCUGAAAUGACGGCUGAAACGAGGACUCCUAUAAGAUCUGGUGUACGAAGCGAUAGCUUGGACAGCCUCAGUGGUAUGUCUCCUACUGACUGCACUGUCAUUCAGUGCAGAAAUAUUCCUCCAGCCCUCAACAAGAGGAACAUAUUAGAAAAGCACUUUGCUCGAUUUGGCAAAGUCUGCAAAGUCUUUUGCCGGCCCGGCAAGAACAUGGCUGCUGUGCACUUUGAUAAUCAUGCAUCCGCGGCAAAGGCAAAGAAAAAAGGAAAAUACCUUCAUCGGAAAGAACUCCUUCUUUUGUGGCAGAAAAAGAAAUCAAGUCCAGGAGAUAAAAGUAGCAGACCCACAUCUGGACAAAAUGAGCUAGAGGGCGCAAAAGAGGACACAAGUUUUAAGGCUGCUUCCUCGCCCCUCAGAAGACCUGUGCUCAGGCCUCCAGCUGGCAGCUCCUUCAGCCUCAACUCAGUUGUGAAGAAACCAUUGUUGACCAGGUCUGUCCAGUUUGACACUGAACACCAGAAAGAGAACGUCAUGGAGAUGCAAAGUACCAAGUGUGUUGGUCCCUCCGCUAUUCUCUCCCUUAUCGGCGUCAUGGCUGAAACAUCCGAGGACAAGUACCGCCUGCUUGAACAGAGGGACAAAAUUUUGCGUCAAGAUCGAACCAAAAACGCAGACAUGGACCUCACAAAGGUGUUUGUGGGAACGUGUCCUGACAUGUGUCCCGAGAAGGAGCGAUACAUGAGGGAAACGAGAAACCAGCUGAGCAUGUAUGAAGUUCAUGCGAACACAGAAAUGGUGAAUCAUGCAGCAGCCAUCAAAGAGUACAGUCGUUCAUCAGCUGACCAGGAGGAGCCCCUUCCCCAUGAGCUACGCCCCCUGACAGUGCUCAGUAUGACCAUGGAUUAUCUGGUCACCCAGGUCAUUGACCAGUGUCACGACAACUUGCAGGAUUGGUAUGAUUUUUUCUGGAACAGGACCCGUGCCAUCCGAAAGGACAUCACCCAGCAGCGUCUGUGCUGCCCACACACAGUCUCACUAAUAGAGAAGUGUACACGCUUUCACAUCCACUGCUCUCACCACCUCUGCGAACAGCCGAUGUCUGUCUUUGAGCCUAAGAUCAACAAUGAGAACCUGACAAAGUGCCUCCAGAGCCUUAAAGAAAUGUAUGAGGACCUUAAGGACCGUAACAUCUACUGCCCUGGAGAGGCUGAGUUCCGCCAGUACAGUGUGCUGCUAAAUCUCAAUGACGGUGAUAUCCUGCGGCAAGUCCAACAAUUACGUGAAGAAGUGCGCAACUCUUCUGAAGUGCAUUUUGCAGUGCAAGCAUUCGCCGCACUCAACAGCAACAACUUUGUGCGUUUCUUUAAGCUGGUGAAAAAAGCAUCGUACCUGGCCAGUUGCCUCCUACACAUAUAUUUCAAUCAGGUCAGAGCAAAGGCAUUGAAGACACUGAAUAUCGCGCACACUGUGGGUCCACGGUCAACCGCUUUUCCAGUGGAAGACAUUUGUCGUAUAUUAAUGUUCCGCAGUACGACAGAAGCAAUUGACUUCAUCCAGCAGUACAACCUGAACGUCAAUGAUGGUUUGGUCGAUCUGAAUCGGAUAGCCUAUCAGGAGCCGGAGCUGCUGUCCCAGAAGAAGUCAGACAUCAUUCUAGCUAAAAGAUCAACAUUGACUGGAGAGUUGGUGAAUGGAGGCACCCUCCCCAACCCUCCUCAGCAUGUACCCGUCUGUAGCUUUGACGCCCAGAACAAGUUCAGAGGAGAGGGCAUAAUGGCUGAGCCUGCUCCAAAUCCAUUUAAAGCCAUUGCCAGAGUGGAGGUUACAGCCCCGCCCAGUGUUGAAUUGCAGCCGCAGGUCUCCCCACCCAGGCCUCCAGAAAUCCCAUAUGUUUUUGAGAUGCAACCAGCUGUUUCAGAUAAUACGGAAAAGUCAGGCGAUUCCUUUCACAGUUUGGCGCUCCCUGCAGAUGCUCAGCAGCCCUUCCAGCCAAUAUCACAGCCUCCCCAAGUCAAAUCGCCGUCGCCUCCACCCCCACCUCAGCCAGUGUUCAGCGAAGAGGACAUCAUGGCUGAAGUGGACUGCUUGAUUGAAGAAAUAGUUGGGAUAUCCGCAAGGGAGGUAGCUGCUGAUGGUGCUUGUUAUGUCACAACAGCACUAGUUGAGAGCAGCGUGCAGUCGGAGGCACUACUGAGUGACGUUUUAGGACGACUGCUGGAAGAAUUGUCUUCUUCUGAGCUCCAUCUGGAACAGGAGCGUGUUGCUGAAGAGAAACGCAAGAUUGAGGAAGCAAGAAGGAAACAGGAACAUGAGGCCUUCGUGGCCAUGUUUCGCCUUAAUUUGUACACAGAGAUCAUGCUAGAAGUCUUGGAUGAGACUAUCAAGGAGAUUGCCACCACAGUGUUCCAGCAGGCAUUGAAUGAGAAAGCCCAAUGUGUGGCUAAAUGUUCUCAAGAGGUCUGCACUGGUCUAAUUGAGGAGACUUUAAAAGCGGACAUUGCUCUGCUGGUUGAAGAAAUUCUCACGUCUGCGCUGCAACGGGCUCACAAAUACAUCCAAAGGUGGCGUGACGUGGUAGCAGUACGUCGGCAACUAAAGAGACAGAUGAGAGGCUUUCCAGCGGCUCCUUGCUUUGUCGAUCCUCGCUUCAAACUGAAGGCGCUGGCUCCAAGCGCUCCGGCACAGCAGUCCAUAGAGGAUCUGGCUUGUGGGAUGGUGAACUUGGGAAACGGAGGAAAGUUAUCGUUGUCCAGCACCAGGGUUUUGAAAACAAGACAGUUGGCAGUCCACCAAAUGAAAGUGCAGUGCUACUAUCAGCAGCUUCUUGAAGAGUUGGUGUGGUCCCCGCUCGACCUGCCAGCUUUGGUGGCUGAAAAUACCCACAAGCCGCACAAUAGAAUCUUCUGGAAAGCUGUUGUCCUUCUACCCAGUGAUCAUGAGAAUGUAGCCAGCCCGGCAAGCAGGAUCUUGUCAGACUGGCUGGUAGUCAAGCUUGGUGGGGGCCAGGAGUCAAAGCUUAUAGAGGAGCAACGGGAUGGCACACUGCAGACCCUCCAUCUAUCUAACACCAUUAAGGAGAAAGAACAGCACACCUUUGAAGUCAAUGUCAGCGUCAAGGUGUCCAGAGGUCCCCUGACUGAAGACUGCUUGUCUGAAACUGAGGAGUGCUUGGAUCUGCAAGGAACAGGAGCGCUGAUCAUGUUGCUUCCAGCAAUGGUCUUCUCAGAGCCCCGGCGCGAUGAGCUGGACGUGACCAUGCUCUCGGCCCUGCUUCAGCUCAAACAGCUGCAGCAAGCCAGCGCCUGGCACUGCCCAGUGCCUCUGGUUAUUCUGGUCCCUGGCACCUGUAACGCUGAGACACUUGAAGAAGAACUGAUGCUGCCUUCACUCGUGAAAGAUGGUUUUAUAUCGGAAUAUAAAUUGUUGUUCAUACCAGAAACCACAAAUGAUAUGCAGGGAGCCAAACAGCUAAACUCCGCUAUACGCUGGCUGCUGUCUCGUGCGCCGCCAUCCAUCCCGCUCUGCUGCCAGACUCUGAUGCAUCUCGUCGAGGCCAGCUUGAGUCAUGAGUUCAGUCGCAGGGUUUCUGCCAUGUGGGCCGCUGCAGGGCUCCCUCCUCAGGAUCCUGCUCCCGUCGUCGAGCUGUACAACGCCGUCAUCCGUCUCAUCGCGGACAAAGUGUCUUCCGAGGAGCUCUGUGGAAUCGCGUGGCCUCCUGGAGAGUUCUCCCUGCCUGACACCAGAGAGUUUGUUCCUCAUCUGGGCUGGAACAGCGGCCCACACCUGGCCUGGUUACGCAGACUCAUCCUCAGCCUGCAGCUGCCGCGGUGGAGGCAACUUUCUACCACAGACACAUGGUCAGAUUUGUGCUCGGGCAUCUAUAUCUAUGCUGCUCAGAUCCCAGUGACACGGGGCAAUCAGCCCCUUAUCAUGUCGCGUCUGGAAAGCCUACUGGAGCGUGUCAGACGAAAAGAGCACCACAGAAAAAGAAGCGCUCUCAAAAAGACUUUGGGCAUCUGGAAUGAGGACCACAACACUGAGUGCUCUGCAUACAGUCAGAUCCCUUGGGUCGACGUGCUGUUCAUCUGCAUUGACCACAAGCUGAAAGACUGGCAGGUCCCCGGACCACCUGUCUGUGAAGAUGCUGUGACAGACGAUGGGGAGAUUCUGGUUUACUAUCUCAGAGAGUCGUUAAAGGGCUUCCAACCACCUGAGGAGUGGAUUAAGGCUGUCAAACUGAGCCACAGAGUGAAACAGCAUGAUGAUGGGGCCAGUUCAGCCGCCAGUGCUACGCCCACCAGCUGGCCGUUCAGACAUGGAUUGCUCACCAGUCUGGUAGAGCCACUGGAGGCCCAGACAGCACCGCUGAAUGCAUCCUACACGCCCACAAGAGUAGAGGCGCUGAGCCACAGAGUGCUCCACACCUUAGAGGAGGAGAAGACUCAAAGCAAAAGGACUACAGAGCAGCUUCAACACUGGCUCGAUGGUGAUUCUUUAGACAACUGGUGCACGCCACUUCUCCUCCCAUCCUCCAUCCUGCUCUCCAUGCCCACUGCUCUCAAGCAAAGACCCCCAGCCAAGCAUCACCAUGCCGUUUUCACAAAGGAAGCGUCGACCUUUGUGUCAGCGGUGAAGGAGGAGUGGCCCAGGACUUCGUCAUCCCUGACGGAGCGAUUGAAGCACCUUCAGCAGCAGGUUCAAGCGAGCCAAGAAGAAGAGUCGGCCUGCAGACUGAAACUGAGCGCAAUGAUGAGCAUUGUUGAAGACUGAGGGAACUAUUUACAUGAAAAAUUGUCUAACUUACAUAUAGUGUGCCAUUAUUUUUUUAUGACUGAACUUAUGCUUCUUUAGCUACUGAAAGAGCAGAUCUGCUUCUAGCCAAUCGUUUGAAUCUGUAGUUUUUCUAUAAUAAAGGAAAGUGACAAACUUC